CCGCGCGCGCGACCAGCGGCGACGUGUGGCAGGCAGUGUGAAGUGAGCGGUGGGAGAGGGAGUAUCGCUGCUACUGUGCUCGGGUGUGCUGUCAUUGGGCGUUCUCGCAUCUUGUGUCAGUGGGCAGGAGGAGGGGAGGGGAAGUUUGGGCGGCGCGAGUGUUGUAAGAUAAGAUAAUGUGAUCAGUGCAGUGGAAGGUGAGACAAAGCUAUGGUUGAUAACACUCUAGUCGAAGGCGCCCUCAAGUUCCGCGAUGGAAAGAAGUGGAAACAACGCUGGGCCGUACUGGACAAGCUUUCUCCAGUGGCAGACGUGUUGCAGCUGCAGCUCUACAGAGACAGCCGCGACAGGGCCAAGGGUGCCGCCACCAAGGCCUCGCUGGCACUCCAAAACGUGCUGGCCCUCGAGACAGGGUUCACGCUGGACAAGGAGAGCCACACGCUAGGACUGCUGUGCAAGGACGUGACGCUGGUGGUGGCCUUUGACACGAGGGAGCGACUCUUGCAAUGGCACGUGAAGAUGACCACCACCCUGGGACAAGAGCAACAGUUCCUGGUGCAGGUGUUACAAGUGCCGCCACGGUCCCGUGUGUCUGCCGGCCCGGCGAGGCUGCACGUCCGCGACCACCGCUUCUGCCUCACCACUGGCACGCCGCCGCGCCUCCUCGCCGCCUGGUCCACGCAAGACCUCAGGCGGUACGGCGUGGUGGACGGGCGUGUGGUGUGGGAGGGCGGAACACGUUGCGGCCGCUGGACGGGCGUGCACGUUGCUCUCUCCGACGCGCCCCACGCCGUCACCCACGCCAUCGACCAGGCGGCACGGGGACUCCUUGCUAAGCCCAGAAACAGACCCACGCCCAGCACAGGUUCGCGGGCCGAGAGUCGCACGGAGAUGUCGUGGCUGCGGGAGGUGAGCGUGAUGGACCUGAGCAGCGAGACGGUAUCUUUGGCAGCGUCUGAGGCCACGGCCACGGCGACGACGCCCCGCGACACGCUGCCGGACCACGGUGAUGUCCACUACACCGACACCCACUCCAUCGCCUGGCCGCCCUGGAGCCGCCGCGCCUCCUGCCAGAGCCAGUCUGUGCCGGGGUGCACGCCCGUCAGCAGCUCCGGCCAGCUGCUGAGUGCUCACGACGGGGACGAGAGCGCCUGGUGGGCGUCCACAUGGGCGCGGGGGUCGUGGGAGGGAAUGACUGCCCCGUCACCCACCCCGGAGUCCCUCUACGACCACCCGCGCCCCCUGGCUCACCUACACCCACCUGGUCUCCAGCAGUGCUGCCUCGCCCAGCACCAACACCUCGCCACGCAGCAGCAGCAGCAACCGCAUGACACGGCCGGCCCAGCAGCUCCGCGCGGCGCCCUCAACCCUCUGGACAACUACGACGUGCCGCCGCGCUCGCUGCCGUCACACGUCACCGCCGCGGCCCACUACGACACGCCGAGGCGUCUGGUGAUGUGUGACAAGGGCACCACACUGGUGCAAGACCCUCCGGGGCCCGCAGGAGACGGGGGUGACGGGGUGGCUCCCUCGGGGGUGUGGUGUGAGGGCGGCUUGGUGUCGGCGGCCCCCAGCUGUGGUCAGGUGCUGGGAUGGGCGGGCUCGCUGGUGUGUGGGCGGCGGGAGGAGGGCGAGACCCCCUGCGAGCCCCUCCGGGUGGAUGGUCACGGCCGCAUGCCGGUGGUGGACGCCAACACGGGCACCAUCCUGCGCCACCCGCCGCCACCGCCGCCCACGCCCCCGCACCCCACACAACCGCCGCCACCGCAGACGCAGCCCAAGGACGCCGCGGCCCUCUACGCGGUGGUCAACAAGAGGAAGAAAACCACAGGCAAGCCCCGUGCGCCCACCCCACCCCCCACCCCGCCCCCCACGCCCCCGCCACGCCACCCGGAGGUCGUCACGACCUCCUCCCACGCCAACUACGCCAACAUGGACUUCGCGGCGAGCCUCAAGCUGUACGAGAACGUGCGGGACGUGCGCACGGCCGCCACCACCCCGCCGGGCAGCGCCGUGCAGACCCAGCCCGCGCCGGGUCAGGCGGGCGGCAUCUCCUCCAAGGGCGCCGCGCCCCCCGAGCCCCCGGCCGCCCCCCCAUCCACGCGCCACACGCCGACCUCGCCCGCCGCGGCCGAGUGCACUCUCACGUUGGAGGUGUCCUCUUGCAGCGACAGCGACAAUCACUACAUGGCCAUGACGCCGCGCUUGCCCUCCGACCCCCACUACCUCCCGAUGGGCCCCACGCGCCCAGCCGCCGAGCUGGUGCCGUGCGAGACCCUCAGCGACGAGUCGGAGGUCAUGACGCCCGUCAAGGACAGGAGUCGCUCCCUCAGCAUCACGGAGAACAGGUACGGCCGUUCCCAGUCCGUGGCCGCCAGUCACCGCUGCCUCACCCUGGCGCCGCGCCGCUCCACCUCGGCAGACUCCCGGCCGCGCGAGGCGUGGCCCUCGCCCGCCACCACGCCCACGGCCACACCCACGCACCGACAAACCGUCACCUCCUCGCUACGGAGACGCAACAACAGACUCAACUCCGAGGCGGCAACGGACAGCGGCUGCGACCUGAGACACGACAGCGUGGAGGCUGACGCUGCCUCGGUGACGCCCGACCAGAGCGUCUGCACCGACGUGGAGGUGAGCGUCAACCCGCGUCCCGAGGUCAUCGCCACCGCCGCGCGGGAACUGGUGUCGGAGGGCAUGUGUGUGCUGCGCCGCUCGUCCUCGGUGCCCGGCAAGACGGCGGCCAACAGAGACUCUGCCUCCAGCAGCGACUCCGGCGUGUGCGAGUCCCCGAGGGCCGUGGACCGCCUGCUCACCUCACACUGCCUCCACGCCUCGCUGCCUCGCUCCCGCCGCCCUCACCUGCCCGCCGCCACCGCCGCCGCCUCCACGCACUCAGGUGUGGCCGCGUCGUGCCAGGAGCUGGGCGGAGCGGGCGGCAGCGCGGGCGGCAGCAGCAGCGGGAGCGGCGAUGCCAAAUCCACCUCAUCCGGAGCCUCCGACAUGAGUGACUACCUGGACACCCUCAGCCUCUCCUCCUCCCACUCCUCCUCCGACCACGACAGGCUGCUGGCGAGGUCUUCCGUCAACACACUACGGCCACGCUCAGGGCGCGAGUACACGAGGCUGGACCGUCACGGUCUGUGCACUGAGAACAAGACGCUGCCGGUGUUGGGGGAGGCGCCGCCCCACUAGAGGCCCCCCGCCCCCCUUGGUGCUCAUAAGGGCGGCGGUGUACCUCCCUCAGGGGCCGCGGGAAGGUGGUCGUCGUCGUCGCCUCCCGUCGUCCCCUCAGCUCUUCCGCCUUCAGGAACCUGAGAAGAGGAUCAUCCACGACUUGGUUUCUCCUUCCGUUCUCCAUCUCUACAGUUACAUGUACAGACAGACAGACGCAUAUAUACCGGCGUCUCCAGACCUGGUUGGGGCGCUUCACUUCACCUCACUUACGCCUGUGUUAGUUGGGAACGACAAAACCUUUUCCUGAGUUAUUAUUUGUCUAUUUAGAUUUUAUUUCUUGUUCUGUUUGUAUUUAUUCUGUUUUGUUUUCGUGUACAAAGCUUUGUGAUAUGUUACCGUGUGUCUAGAGGGGGGAGGGGGAGGGCAGGGGGACUGGCGCUUCUAGUCAGGGGGUAGGCGGGGGAAGGGGCGACCCAGGGGUUGCCCUGCCCCGCCCCAUCCCGCCCCGCGCAGGUAACCCCCAGGUGUCCGUAGUAUAGUGGAGACGGGGCGGGGCGGUGGGGGGGCGGGGGUAAGAGGUGUGUGUAUAUGUGUGUGUGUGACAUAGUGUACAUAUGUUGGUGGUGUGUUUGCGUAUACCUAUGUAUGUAUGUGAGUGUGCGUGUGUAUAGGCAUGUAUGUGUGUGUGUGCGCGUCUUGAAGUGGUAAGUCGCUCUCCUGAGUGCCCGGGAAAGGUGUGUAAAGUUAAUUAAGGUGACAACGAACACUCAUCGAGACGGAGGUAAUGAGAGAGAGAGAGAGAGAGAGAGAGAGAGAGAGAGAGAGAGAGAGAGAGAGAGAGAGAGAGAGAGAGAGAGAGAGAGAGAGAGACCUCUAGACCCUCGCCCUAAGGCCCCCGUCAAGUAAUAUAUAUUGAAUGCAGACAAGACAGACAGACUGGCAGAUUUGUAUGUAUUUAAUAAAAUAUUUUUACAAAUUAA